AUGGAGGGCAUAUGGGGUGUGGCUAAAGAGCCACAUGAGGCCAUGGAGAAAGCCCUGGGCUGGGAGACAGAAAACCUGGCUUCUAGUCCUGGUUUUGCACUAACAAGAGGAUGCUCCCGUCAUGAACUAAGAAGGCAGGCUUCAGCCCUGCAGCUCAGUGUGCUCACCAAGUUGACAGCCAGUGUGCCCUCUCCUGGAGCUCCGGGAAAGCAGGGCCCAUUUGGGAGGCCUGGAAUGCCAGGCCAGGGUGUAAGCGUGGGCUACACCUUGGUGAAGCACAGCCAGUCGGAGCAGGUCCCGUGUCCCAUCGGGAUGAGCCAGCUGUGGGUGGGUUACAGCUUGCUGUUUGUGGAGGGGCAGGAGAAAGCCCACAACCAGAACCUGGGAUUUGCUGGCUCCUGCCUGCCUCACUUCAGCACCAUGUCCUUCAUCUACUGCAACAUCAACGAAGUGUGCCACUAUGCCAGGUGCAAUGAUAAAUCCUGCUGGCUCUCCACUACCGCCCCCAUCCCCAUGAUGCCCAUUGGCCAGGCCCAGAUUCCCCAGUACAUCAGCCGCUGUUCUGUGUGUGAGGCACCCUCGCAAGCCAUUGCUGUGCACAGCCAGGACAUCACCAUCCCACAGUGCCCCCUGGGCUGGCGCAGCCUCUGGAUUGGGUACUUGUUCCUUAUGCACACUGCUGCUGGUGCGGAGGGUGGAGGCCAGUCCCUGGUCUCACCUGGUUCCUGCCUAGAGGACUUUCGGGUCACUCCUUUCAUCGAGUGCAGUGGUGCCUGGGGCACCUGUCACUACUUUGCCAAUAAGUACAGUUUCUGGCUCACCAGAGUGGAAGAGAGGCAGCAGUUUGGGGAGGAGCCUGCAUCUCAAACGCUGAAAGCCGGACAGCUCCACACCCGGGUCAGCCGCUGCCAGGUGCGUAUGAAAAGCCUGUGAAGUGGCACCUGCCACUCUACCCCUUGCCCCCCGCCUCACAGGGGUCACCUCACAAACCUGGGCAGCCUGAAGAAGGAGGGCCCGUGCCCUUUUGCCCAUCUGUCAUGUUUUACUUUGCAGCCUCGUUUGGGCUGGACACUGGACAUUGGUCACCCCGUCAUGCCCGAUAGAUGGGCCCACCCUGCUGUGUCUGCUGUCCCAUUUCAUUCAACCUGGUGCUACCAUUUGAUUUGGAUGUUUGCACGACUACUUUUGGCUACCUCAGAAAGACUUGGGCCACCACUCUUUUAAGACUGCUAGCUUUCUUCACUGUCUUAAUCAGACAGAAUUUCACAAUAGCGAAUAAGUCAUUUCGUCAUGUCCAAGGGUCACCACACAUUAUUUGACUUAAACCAGAACCCAACAUUGCCACCUUACCAAAAAAAAAAAAAAAAACAACAAACAAUAUCUGGCUGAACAUUAGUGGAUGGCUGAAGUCUGUGUAGGCCAAGCCCUCACCAUUCAAGGUAGCCCAUUGUGUCUAGGAAGGCAACAGAACUGGAAUGAGGUACCAGCCAGUGGAUCAGGGUGAGCUUUGACUCCUUCAGAAGUGAGCAAGACCAGAUCCCGUAUUACUUAGGGAGUCUUGACGACUGGCAGUUCUAGAGGUGCUCAUUAAUUUCAAAAGGUUCUAGACAAAUCAAUUUCUCCUUGUUGGCUCUAUCCCAAGCCAGAGACAGAACUUGGCUUGGUCCAAAGUAGAGCAGAGGAUGCAACAAAUGUGGCCAAGGCUAUAAAAGGAAAUGAGAACCGCAGUCCUUUUUCCUGGGCUGCAGAGAGAGGGGUGGAUGAGUAAGGGGGUGUGAAUUUUCCUUUAGAUUCCAGGAAUAAAAAGGUAAAUCCCUUGUCCCAAUUUCUCAGAAGUCCCUGUUUAUUCCAAAUGCCAUACAGAUGUGUGUGAUGUGGCAGAUUAAAGCUGCAGUGUGUUAGUUCUUAUGCAUUUUGAGGAUGUUAGAGACUUUCCACUGAAAUGUUCAUCCAAUUGCUCUUUCAUGGGUAGCCUGUUAAACUACUUUAAUACAUUUCUAAAACCUCAUAAAAAUCGAGCACACCCCUCCUCUUUAGCAGUUAGCAGACCUAAAGGAAGGCUGAGUUGGACAUAAAAUGUAUUGUACUCUAUUUGGGGGGAUUUGUUUUAACCAUUUUCUCUAAUUACAAGUUUCCUAGAACACGCAGCUAUGCAGACACGAGGCAGUUCCUUCCAGGUGAUUCUAUGUGCUUACGUAUUAUGUAAACUGUACCAAUACAGACAAAGCAUAAUCAGUAUAAUCUGAAUUAUUGUUACCAUCACUUCCUGAGUAAUAAGCAUGAUGUCAGCUUUGCACAUAGCAAAUAAAGUGAAUUAAUCCUGAA